AUGAGCCGAAAAUUCACCCCCAUUAAGGAUGUAAACGAUUCAAAGGAAACAUGGAGAUUGGUCGUCCGAGUUCUUGAUUUUUGGAGUGUUAUCAACAGCAAGGGUAAGGAGCAUCUGGAGAUGGUUAUAAUGGACGCAUCGGGUGAUAGGAUACAAGUUUUGAUUCGUUCUGACCAUACACCGAAAUGGAAAGAACGAAUACACGAAAACAUGUCUUGCAUAAUCAACAAUGGAACUGUUUAUGAUAACGAUUUUCAGUGGAAGCUUUGUGAUCACGACAAGAAGUUUGUGUUUAUUGGUGGUACGACUGUGAAGGAAGUUGAUAUUCAGAACCUUCCUCCAAAAAGAUUUUUUUCAAGGACUUUAGUGAUAUUCUUGGAGGCAAUUGAAAUCAACAAUUUUCAAUAUAACAAUUCUGGAAAAAAGUCAUUUGUUUCAUUGAGUCUUAAAGACUUAAAAGGUGUCAUCGUUAACUGUACAUUAUGGGAGGGCUACGGAACAAAAUUUUUGGAUUUCUACCAUAAUGAAAAAAACAGUGGUGCUAUUGUGAUUGUACUAACUCAUGCAAUGAUAAAGGAAUCACAAGUCUCAAAUGGAUGA